GGUGGAGGGUCCCAGCAGUGCGGGCCAGCGGGCUGAUGGUGUUGGAGAUGGACGGCAGGAAGGUGCCCGCGGUGAGCAAGAGGAGUGAAACGCGCCCCUCUGAGCCCCGGCAGCCUCUGGUCCCCACAGGCAGGACUACCGCCUGGGGCCUGUCUGGGGCACAGAGUGGGGCACAGCAGGGCCUGCAGGCGCAGGACUGGGUGUGCGAGCCGCAGCAGCGCGGGCGCCCGAGCCGCCACUGGAGCUUGAGCAUCGACGAGCGCCGGCAGCUGGCCGUGCUGGGCGCGCGGGAGAGGCCCGACGCGGCCAGGAGCUCCUCCCACUGCUCGGACAUCGCGCACACGGUAGCUGAGCUGGUGUCAGAGAACGUGGACAGGGACGUGCUGCUCCCCCACCCGCCGCAGUCCGCAGCGUCCACCCACGCCUUCCACGCCUUCCUGACCCGGAGUGCACCCUUCUGGCAGAACGCCAAGAUGGAAGCCCGGAGCCCGCGGGCGCCCCCCUCCUAAGAGCCCGCUCAGCCCAG